UUUAUGAAAAUUUUCAAAUACACCAUAAUAACUAAAAAAUUAGUUCAAAUUUCAAAGUCAAAUCAUUUGAAAUCUACCAUAAGGGAUUAAUUCAAUUAAGGUGAAUCAAUUUAUUAUUAUGAAUUUGAAUUUUUUAAAUAUUUAAAAUUAUAAAAAUCCAUCCAAAUGCAACAAAUAUAGAACGAACUAACCCAAAUAAAUAUAUUUAUAAAUAAAAAAAAUCCAAAUAAAUAUAAUAAAAAAUAUUUUGAUUUCAGAAUUCAAGGGCAUUUUCGGCAACAUACUUUAUUAGAUCCCUUAUUAACGGGACAUUUGCAGGCAAAAAGUUCAAACACAGUGAGCAUUUUCCACUCACCACCUUCUCUCACAAAAUCAUGGGGAAGUGCAACAAAAUCCGUCACAUUGUGAGAAUCCGGCAAAUGCUCCGAUCAUGGCGGAGGAAGGCCACAGCGCACCGACUUCCGUCGGACGUGCCGGCGGGACACGUGGCGAUCUGCGUGGGGAGCAGUUCCCGGAGGUUCAUCGUCCGCGCCGCUCACCUGAAUCACCCCAUUUUCCGGCGGCUGCUCAGCCACGCCGAGGAGGAGUACGGAUUCGCCAAUUACUCGGGGCCGCUGACGAUUCCGUGCGACGAAUCGCUCUUCGAAGAGAUCCUCCGAUUCGUGUCCCGAGUCGACUCGGUUAACUCGGACGCGCAGAGAUGCUGCCACGGAGGCGGCGGCGUGAGGAGUGAGAACCCUGAUUUUCACUACGAAUCUCGGCCGUUGCUCUAUGGGUUCACUGCCUGAUGUGUUUUUACUUUUUUACCCUUAUUUGCGGGGUUUUUUUUUUUAUAUUUUAUUUUAAUUUUUUAAAUGUGUACUGUUUGCUAUGGAGAUGGUGAGAGUGUAAUCGAGGCGAGCCAUCCCUAGUUUAUUUGGAACCAAAGGCGGGUUAUUAGUAACGUCUUUUUGAGUUUUUGUGGAUCUUGUCUCGUUCGACACUGGAUAAUUAUUAAUUUGUUCGAUUGUUUAAA